CCACCCACAAUCACCACCACCCCCCCACCACUACAACCACCCACCCACCACUCGGCAAUUUAGCAAACCUCGCCUCGCCACUCUUGUCACGAAGAAGGGCCGUUGCCCGGAACGUCUCCCCCUCCCCCCACCUUUCACCGCCGCUAGAAUAUUUGUCGUCGUCGUCGUUGCUUAAUUCCCUUUUGUUUCAAGGGCGGCGUUAUUGGCGAAUGUGUUUUGAUCGGUUUUUUUUUGUUUGCCGAGGCGUCAACCACCACCACCGCCACCAAUAUCCAACGCUGUGCCAACAACAACAACAUUGUUAUUAUCGCAUACAAAUCGACGACGACGACAAACACAAUCUUGUAGUAAAACAACAACAACAAGGGGAUUGUAAGCACAAAAGGAGUAGGAUGUCUUGAGAGCGUGUGAUGAUAUGUAGCUGUUGCGAGACAUGGCGACUCCGGUAGCAGCAGGAGGAGGAGACGGCGGCAUCGCUUGGCGCUGCACCAUUUUGUGAUGGAGUUGUUGGAGCCGCGUUCCUCUCCGCGUCGUCUCGGAGAUUCUCUCGCCUCUCCUCGUUCUUCCUUCCCAUCAUCUUCUUCCUCCUCCUCCUGCUCGCAACCAAAGCCGGCUUCGUCGUCUUCUGCUGCUGCUGAUGCUUUUGGACCACAGCCUCCGUCUUCGUUUCAGCUGCUGCUGCUACAACUGCUGCUGUCGUUUAUCAUCAUCAGUGGCGGUCGAGCAGAAGGAUUCGGUUUAUUUCGUUAAAUAUUCGUCUAAGUAUAGGUAACGUAGUCGUGAUGGCGAGGCUGGUAGACGAAUAGCCACCGAGACAAAUGCUGUGCUCCGAAAACACUGGAGCGCGUUUCUGCCGAGAUAAGGAAAACAAUGAGAUUAUUAAAAUAGGCGCGAUAAUAACAACGCAGGCAAUGAAUUAAUAAAAAUGUAUUUAUAAACCCGGGCGACAGUCCACCGAGACUCAUGCCUGGCAAAGGCAGUCUUAAAACAAUAUAACAGUUUUACAAUGGUGCUAGAACACCACUGUGGAAGCCACAACAACAACAUCAACACGCUGCGAGCCAGAAUCCAGUUUCCAUGAUUUCUGCCACAACCAAUUUGCCAAAUCGCACCUCGGCGCCACUGCCGUGGACGACCAAGAACCAGAAGGUGCACAACAACAACAACAGCCUGCUGCUGCUGCUGGUGGUGGCAAUAGUGGUGGUGGUGGUGGACACGAAGGCCGAGCAAGCUGCCUUCUGCCCUCCCAUGGCGAACUCCAGCCACUUGCUGCUGCCCCAGCAGCACCAGCUGCUGGGCUUGGGUCUCCAGGCCCUCCCUCUGCUCGCCGCGGUCAAUGGCAGCUUCCAGCAGCUGGGCGGAGGCCCUGCCACGGCCACCACGGCCGCCGUGGCCUCGCUGGCCAAGAUCUCUUCGCUGGGCCUCAUCGUGGCCGUGGGCGCUGCGGGCAACUUGCUGGUGGCCUUCGUGAUCCUGCGCGAACGCAGCUUGCGCAAGGUGCCCUACUACUUCCUCCUGGACCUGUGCGCCGCCGACCUCCUGCGCUCCCUCGUGUGUUUCCCCUUCGUGCUGGCCUCCAUCACCUCGUCGCCUGCGCCGGUGACGGCCGCUGCCGCGGCUGCUGCGGUCGUCACCUCGUCGGCUUCGUCGCCGGCCUCGUCCGUGGUCUCCUCCAUCUCGAUCGCCGCCGCCGCGGCCGCAGCUGCAGCCGCGGCCGCCGCUUCGUCAGCCUCGUCUACGGCGCCUUCCUCAGCGGCUGCUGCUGCGGUGGCCGCCGCCGCGGCCUCCUCCUCGCUGUCGUCGUCUUCGUCGUCGUCUUCGUCGUCAUCGUCGGCGGCUGCUGCGGCCGCGGCGGCCUCGUCGGCAGCGGCCGCCGCGAUGUCGGCCUCGUCCUCCUCCUCGUCCUCGUCCCCGUCGUCCUCGUCUGCGUGGGGCUACGGCUCGCGGCCGUGCAAGUAUCUGGCCUUCACGAGCGUCCUCUUCUGCUUCCACGCCGCCUUCAUGCUCUUCUGCGUAAGCGUCACGCGUUACAUCGCCGUCGCUCACCACCGCUUCUACUCGAAGCGCAUGACAUCGUGGACUUGCGCCGCCAUCGUGUGCAUGGCCUGGAUCCUGUCGGUGGCGAUGGCUUUUCCGCCCGUCUUCGACGUGGGCACGUACGCCUUCAUCGCCGAGGAGGGCCAGUGCACCUUCGAGCACCGCUACUUCAAGGAGAACGACUCGCUGGGCUUCAUGCUCAUGCUCGUGGUCAUCGUGUUCGCCACCCAGGUGGUCUACCUCAAGCUCAUCCUCUUCGUCUACGACCACCGCAAGAUGAAACCCGUGCAGCUCGUGCCGGCCAUCAGCCAGAACUGGACAUUCCACGGCCCCGGAGCCACGGGGCAGGCGGCGGCCAACUGGAUCGCCGGCUUCGGUCGAGGUCCCACGCCGCCCACCCUCGUGGGCAUUCGGCCCUCGGCAGCUGUAGGGGCCGGCGGUGGAGGAGGUGCUGCUGGUGGUGGCGGAGCUGCUGCUGGUGGUGCCGGUGGAGGAGGAGGUGGUGGUGGUGGCAACGGUGGCGGUGGUGCCGGCGGUCAGAACAAGCGCCUGCUGGUUCUGGACGACUUCAAAACCGAGAAGCGGCUGGGCAAGAUGUUCUACAUCAUGACCCUGCUGUUCCUGGUGCUGUGGGCCCCCUAUGUGGUUGCGUGCUAUUGGCGAGUGUUCGUGCGUGCGUGCAGCGUCCCGCCAGCCUACCUGAGCGUGGCCGUGUGGCUCAGCUUCGCCCAGGCCGCCGUCAACCCUUUCGUGUGCUUGGUGUCUAACAAGGAGCUCAGGCGCUGUCUGUAUAGCGCCAUCCCAUACUGUCGCAAGCCGCGCCUGCCACACGAGGCAUACUAUGUCGUGUGAGAGCCCUCGCUCCGGUGUGUGUGUGGUUUGGUGGUGGUGGUGGGCUUUGUCUGGGUCCCGUUGUGGGCUUGUGUCUUUUUUGCCACGCGCAAAGAGAUCCGCUAGCCCCAGGGGUGAUGUGUCGGUGAUCGAAUAUUCGAGAAGGUAAUGGUUGUCCCUUAAUAUAAAUUUGAGGGGGGGAAAUAACAUUGGAGGGUAAGCUGAUGGCAUUUCUGACCCCGUGUGUGUGUGUGGUUUUUUCGCAGAGGCUUUUAACGUGUAAUCGGGCAGACUGGAUAGGUUUCCACUUUCAGAGAGCAGUCAGGCCUGUUAUUAAUGCUGCUUAGUUGCUGGAUGUUAUUGGCAAGUGCACUCCCACCAAACAGUGGAGGAGGCCUGGUACGUUCAUUGGUGGGUUUUAUUUACGUGUGCAUUUGUUUUUUAAAGAUGGAGCAUUUUGAUCGUGACCGAGAUUGGGAUCAAGGUUUGUGUGGUGGGAUGUGGAAAAGCCGUCGGUUAGAUUUAGGUUGGUGGAGGAUCGGUUGUUGUGGGGUUUUUUAAACGUUUUCUCGUUUUUGCCUGCCAUUUGAGGUGGUAAGUUGAUGAUGGUUGAACAACUGACCGGGGGAGGGUUUAUGAACAGAGCUCGCAAGAGAAAAACUCGCCCUUUGUACAGCAUCAUGAUUCGUUUCAGUUUUUUUUUAAUUCAUGUUAUAAUCAGCACCUUCGCGAUAAUGUUAUUGUUAAUGCGGUUCAGUCUUAAUUUAUUCUAUUAUGCAUAUUGAAAGAAACCACUAGAGUAUUUUCUUUGAAUACUAUUUCUGUAAUGGUGCAGUCUCCAUUUGGGUGAUGCACAUUUUUAAUUAUCUGCUGCUGUUUCUACUUGUUGUUUGGGAUAUCCAUGUAUUUUAUUUCGUCUCACUGUCAUGACCUAUUGAGUGCUUGAGUUUGUUGUGCGAGUAUGCAUGCUUUUCAUUUAAAAUCGACAGUAUUAAGAAAACGCUAACCGAUGCUGCAGAAACGCAGCCAACUAAAACAUCGGACAUUCGACGGCCUGUGCAAUUAUAAUAAUGAUUGAAAAUUUGGAAGGGGAAAUGUACGGAGCUGACUGAAACAAGAAAAAAAACCCCAUCAAAGGUGGCCACGGGGGUACACCGCUUUGAUCGACAACCUUCCGUAUCCCACUGUGCAUUACGGUGACACCGGAGCGGCAGCUUCAAGAGACGGAACACGGCAACUGUAGUGUUUGGUACGCUUUUGGCAGAAGGUCAGUAAUUAAAACAAAGCUUGUCCCAAGACACUUCGAACGGCAAUUUCAUCAAUGAACUGAAAACAGAGGUUGGUGACGGGGAGUGGUGGUGGUGGUGGGGGGGGAAUGGGUGUGAGAUCGCUGCAAGAAACCCAAGCCUGUUAUUUUUUUGUAAUUCUUUUUGGACACGCGCCCAAGCAAGGCAUGCAUGCAUGUAUGUACGCGUGCACGGUGGUCAUUGACAGCUCUCAUCGUGACACGUGUGUGUAUAUGUGUGUGUGUGAGCGAGCAUUCUCUCCCUGGCAGACAUUCGCUAUGAUGCACUGCACAAUCAAUGUGGUGAGGCUGUUCGCCGGGGCCAUUCCGAGGGCCGCCCACCCCCCCCAUCUCCCCUAGUAGCGCGCAUGCGUCCGUGACAUCGUUCGGGCAACCGCACUUGAAUGACAAUUGCGGUGGCAACGCUCGCCCUGUUUUGUAAUGAAUAGACGUCGUCUCUGGGACGGGAAUUAACGGACGGUGCGCCGUGCAAUCUUUAAAAAAAAACGCGCUUCUCCCAAUGUACUUUCUGAAACGAAACAAAAAAUACUGCCUUUAAAACGUGUUGGUUUUUUUUUUUCUCAUGCAGUCACAAGUGCCAAGAAGCGGACCACGAAAAUGGGAAAUCGUUAUUGUACACAUGGAUUAAUUUCUCGCAGCUUUGUAAUGUACUGUACAUAUCCCCCUGUAGCUAUAUUCUAGAGAGGAACAAGAUGUGCUCGUAUGCGUGUGUUCGACAGUCAAUUUGUUUUAUCUCUUCGACUCUUAGAAACUUAAGGGUUCCUUAUUUUUCCUGUUGCAUAUUUUGAACAUUUUCAAAGGAGCAAAUGUGUUGCUGUGAUUGAUACGUUAAAAAGGUUACUUGGACACGUGACUUUGGUUGGAUCUGUGAGAAAACCACAGGAUCCAUGCCCUAAAGCUUCAUGAUGAUGAUUUAAGCGUAAUUUUUUCCCCUUUGUAUUUUGGAUGUCUAAAUACAAAUGAUUGUUUGCACAGAAAGGGUGUGUUUGAGAUAUAAAUUAUGAGCUGCUA